UAAUGAAAAGUGUAUAAAAGCCAACUCAGAUUUCAGGAAUGAAUAGGUAAUUCUCUGUAUCUAAAGAUAUGGGAAAUUUUUCUAUGUAAUCUCCAGAUAAAUAAAUCUAUUGCCCAAAAACAUAAUCAUAAGCUAAAAUUCAAUAAUUAGGUCCAUCCCCUUAUAUGCAAUCACCUCAAUUUGAUGCUAAAUAAGUCAGUUAGAAUCAUGUUAUCAUUUAACCAUCUCCUCCUUAAAAAUUAGAAAAUUCAUAUUAAUACAAACCUAGUAUAAAAAAUGGAUCAAUAACAAAUGAAAUUUUUAAACCAAAUAAUCAAUAAGAAGUUAUUAAAUCUUAGAAUGAAUUUAAACCUUAAUAUGAAACUUAUAAGUAUGAAUAUAACAAAACUUUUGCUGGAACUUUUUAAAGUGAUGCAAAUAAAGAAUAAUUAACAGAAAGAAAAAGCAAUACAUCAAAAAAAGAUGGAACAACCCUCAUUGAUUAAAAAGAAAAUUACUAAUAAUUUUAGGCAAAGUCUCCAUUCACAGAUAAUCAUCCAACUGUUGGUAAUAGUAGAUUAUCUUCACAAAAUAUUAAUUUAAUAUAAUCAAAACCUAAGAUAUAAACUGAAAUAUAUCGAAUUUCAGGUGCUUUAAGAGAUUUAAUGUCAUCUGUAUAGAAAAUGAUGGGUGAUGGUAGACUACCAGAUUAAAUUAAUGAUAAAAUGAUUGAAAUAUUAGCAAAUUUUAGAAAAUUAGAAGAGAUUGCUAAUAAUGAACCUAUUAAUGGAUCUGAUAAUGAUUCAAAGAUAUCUACAAUGGCUGAAGAUUAUAAUAAAUUAAAAAGUAUACUUGAAUAAUUGUAAAUAAAAAUGACUGCAUUAGUUUAAGAGAAUUAAAAAGUAAUAUAUAAAUAUUUAUUUAUAGUUAAAUAAAAAUUUAAUUGAAUAGGAAUAAAAAGUAACUGAAGAAAUUAAGAAAAAAUAAUUAGCUGAAGAAAAGGCAAAUCAAGCUAAUAAAGAAUUUAAUAGAGUCUUUGAGUGUCUUUAAAUAAAUUAAAAAGAAAAUGAAGAAUUAAAAAAUAAACUUAUUUAAUUUGAAAGUUAUAAGAAUUUAUCAAGCUAAACUAGUAAUAGAUUAUAAUCUGAUGAAAUUAAUAAUUAUAAAAUGAAAAAUCAAUAACUUUAAAAUGAAGUAGAAUAAUUAGAAAUAAAAUAUAAGUAAUUAUUAACAGAGAAAAAUAAUUAAAAAGAGAUUCCUAAAUCACCAUCAAUACUUAAAUCAAUUCAUUCAAGUAGUACAAAAUAAUCAGAAUAAUUGGAGCUAAAAUUACUUUAAUUAUAAAUAGAAAAUGACAAUUUAAAAGCUGAAAUGGCUCAUAAUUAAGUUGAUUCUAAAGUUAUUGAUAAUAAGAAUGAUAUGAUUUAGAAAUUGGAAGAUAAAAUUAAAUCAAUUUUAAAAGAAAAGAGUAUUUCUGAGGAACAAUCUAUUUAAAUAUGUCAUAAUCUUGAAAUAAUGAAUGAAUAAUUAAAAAAUGGGGUUUAAAACAAAGAAAUAGAAGUAUCAAAUUUAUUAAAAUAAAAAAAUGAAUUAGAAAGAGAACAUAGAAAUUAAAUUAAUUAUUUAAAUUAAAUGUUAAAAGGAACAGAGGAUAAAGUUUAGAUAGCAAAACAAGAUUAUUAAAAAUUAUUAGAUGAGUUUAAAUAAAUUGAUAUUAAAAAAGGUAAGUUAUAAGAAGAAAUAAGGAAUACUGAAAGAAAACUUGAUUAAUUAAAUUAAGAAUUAGCCUUUACAAGAAAUGAAUUAAAGAAAUCAACAGAUAAAAAUCAUUAGCUUUAAACAUAGCAUGAUCAAAUGAAUUAGUAAUUAUAGUAAUAAGCAUAAUUAUAAUAAUAAUUACUUUAACAAAUUGAUGGAUUAAAAUAAAAUGAAUAAUAAAUAAGAGUGGAAUAUGAAAAACUUGAAAAACAAAUGUAAGCUGUUAAAUCAGAAAUGAAAUAUCAAGUAACAGAAUUAAAUGAAAUGAUAUAAUUAUAAGCAAGAAAAACAUAGGAAAAAGAAAGAUAAUUAAAUGAAUUAAUUGAAGAAAUGGGUGGAAUGAGAGAUUAAUAUGAAGUCUAAAAGAAAGUUUGUUAAGAAAAUGUAAAUGAUCUUGAAAGAAGAUUAAAAAAUGUAAGAUUGCAAUAAGAAGAACUUCUAUAAGUUAAAGAAUAAGAAAUUUUAGAGUUAAAAUAAACUAUGGAAUAAUAAAUUAAAAUGUUAGAUAAAAGAAAUGCCCUUUCCUCAUUUGACUAUGAUUAAAGAGAAUAAUAACUUUAAGUAGAAUUAUAAAGUAAGAAUGAUUAAAUAGAAAAUUUAAAAUCAGAGGUUGAAAAAGUGAGAAGCAAUAAUUUUAAUAUUUAAGAAGAAUUAUUAAGAUAAGGAAUGCUAUUAAAUCAACAUUAAGCUACAAUUGCCAAUUAUAAAAAUGAAUUAAUUUAAUCUAAAUAAGAAUAAUAACAUUUGAGUGAAAUGUUAAAAAAGAGAAAAGAAGAAACAGAGUAAUUGCAUUAAAAUUUGGAAGAAAUGAGGAGAGAAUUAUAAAGCAAGAAAAUGUCUGAUGAUAGUAGGAGUACAUAUUUAAAUUUAUUAAUUUAUAGGAUCAGUUUUGAGACAAUAAGAUCUUUAGAUUGCUUUAGAAAAUCUAUCCAGAGAAAAUUUAAGUUUACAAUAAAAAAUUAAUGGUUUGUCUAAUGAAAUGAAUAGAAAAUCAAGAGAAUUAUCAGAAAGAAAUGAAGAAUAUCAAAUAUUAAAAAGAAAAUAUGAUGAAACUGUUGCAAAUUUAGAAAGACUUGAGAAAAGAUGGGGAGAAAAAAUAGAUUUACAUAGAAAAAAUUGA